GGGGGAGUGCAGGCGCAGGCGGCCGAGGCGAGCCGAGCUUAGCCGUAGCCGAAGAUGGCGGCGUGCGGACGUGUUCAGCUCCUGCUGUUGCUGCUGACGGCCCAGUGCUGCUUCGUGCUGCUCGUUGCGGGGCUCAGACCGCCGGCCAGCGUCAACCUCCACCCGCCGCUUAUCGCCAUUAACCGGCCGCUGAAAGCCGGAGCGGCUCCGAACGGCGGGAACGCGGGAGCCGCCUCGUCGGUGUCUCAGCCCCGGAGAAGCGGCGGCUGGAAGCUGGCGGAGGAGGAGGCCUGCCGGGAGGACCUGAGCCGGCACUGCCCCAAACACACCUGGAACAACAACCUCGCCGUGCUGGAGUGCCUGCAGGACACCAAGGAGGAAAUAGACAUUUCUGCAGACUGCAACCAUUUGCUGUGGAACUACAAGCUGAACCUGACUACUGAUCAGAAGUUUGAGUCUGUGGCAGUGGAAGUGUGUAAAAGUACUAUAUCAGAGCUUAAAGAAUGUGCAGAUGAGGAGAGAGGGAAAGGCUUUCUUGUGUCCUGCCUGGUGGAUCACCGUGGAAACAUCACUGAGUACCAGUGCCACCAGUACAUCACAAAGAUGACCAGUAUCAUCUUCAGUGACUACCGCCUUAUAUGUGGCUUUAUGGACAAAUGCAGAGAAGACAUCAACGUCCUGCACUGUGGAAGCAUCACCACUGGAGAAAAAGAUCUGCAUUCUCAGGGUGAGGUCAUUGCAUGUCUAGAAAAGGCCUUGGUCAGGGAAGCGGAGCAGCAGGGAAAGGCCCAACAGAUCAGAGAGGAAUGCAAGAAGUCCAUCAUGAGGGUGGCUGAGCUUUCGUCAGAUGACUUCCACCUGGACCGCUACCUGUACUUUUCCUGCCGAGAUGACCGAGAACGCUUCUGUGAAAAUACUCAAGCAGGAGAGGGCAGGGUCUACAAAUGUCUCUUCAACCACAAGUUUGAGGAAGCAAUGUCUGAAAAGUGCAGAGACGCCCUGACCACUAGGCAAAAGCUGAUUGCUCAGGACUAUAAGGUCAGUUACUCACUGGCCAAAUCCUGCAAGGCUGACCUUCGUAAAUACCGCUGUAAUCUGGACACCAACCUGCCCCGAGCCAGAGAAGCGCGACUUUCAUACCUGCUCCUCUGCCUGGAGUCCGCAGUGCACAGAGGCCGCAUGGUGAGCGGCGAGUGUCAGGGAGAGAUGCUUGACUACAGGCGAAUGCUGAUGGAGGAUUUCUCCCUGAGCCCGGAGAUCGUGCUGCACUGUCGGGGAGAGAUUGAGGCCCACUGCUCUGGGCUGCACCGCAAGGGACGCACCCUCCACUGCCUCAUGAGAGUGGGCCGGGGCGACAAGGGCCCGAUAGACAACCUCUGCCAGAAUGCCCUUCAGGCUCUGAUCCAGUCAGCAGACCCUGGUGCUGAUUAUCGCAUUGACCGAGCACUCAAUGAAGCCUGCGAGUCGGUGAUCCAGACAGCCUGCAAGCACAUCCGCAACGGAGACCCUAUGAUUCUCUCGUGUCUGAUGGAACACCUCUACACUGAGAAGAUGGUGGAGGAUUGUGAGCACCGGCUGCUGGAGCUGCAGUAUUUUAUCUCCAGAGACUGGAAGCUUGAUCCAGUCUUGUAUAGAAAGUGUCAGAAUGAUGCUUCCCGGCUCUGCCACACGCAUGGCUGGAAUGAGACCAGUGAGUUAAUGCCUCCUGGUGCUGUGUUCUCCUGCCUGUAUCGCCACGCCUAUCGCACAGAGGAACAGGGCAGACGGCUUGAUCCAGAGCAGCAUCUUACACGGGACUGCAAGGUUGAGGUGCAGCGAAUUCUGCACCAAAGAGCUUUAGAUGUGAAGCUGGACCCAGAACUCCAGAAACGCUGUAUGACAGACCUAGGAAAGUGGUGCAGUGAAAAGACUGAAACUGGCCAAGAGCUGGAGUGUCUGCAGGACCAUCUGGAGGACCUGGUGUCAGACUGCAGGGAUGUGGUGGGAAACCUGACAGAGCUAGAGUCUGAGGACAUCCAGAUUGAAGCCCUGCUGAUCCGAGCCUGUGAGCCAGUCAUCCAGUCCCACUGCCAUGAUGUUGCUGAUAAUCAGAUAGACACGGGAGAUCUGAUGGAAUGCCUGGUGCAGAACAAACACCAGAAAGAGAUGAAUGACAAAUGUGCUGUGGGAGUUACACACUUCCAGCUGAUUCAAAUGAAAGACUUCAGAUUCUCAUAUAAAUUUAAGAUGGCCUGUAAGGAGGACGUCCUCAAACUGUGUCCGAACAUAAAGAAAAAGGUGGAUGUGGUGAUCUGUUUGAGUACCACAGUGAGGAAUGACACUCUGCAGGAUGUGAAGGAGCAGCGCGUGUCUCUGAAGUGUCGCAGGCAGCUCCGAGUAGAGGAGCUGGAAAUGUCAGAAGAUAUUCGUCUGGAGCCUGAGCUGCACGACUCCUGCAAGAAGGACAUCAACAGGUUCUGCUCUGCUGUUUCCUUCGGCAAUGCUCAGGUCAUCGAGUGUCUGAAGGAGAAUAAGCAGCACCUGACUCACACCUGCCAUCAGAAGGUCUUCAAGCUGCAGGAGACGGAGAUGAUGGACCCUGAGCUGGACUACCAGCUAAUGAGAGUCUGCAAGCAGAUGAUUAAGCGUUUUUGUGCCGAGUCUGAUGCCAAGAAUAUGCUGCACUGCUUAAAACAGAACAAGAACAGUGAACUGAUGGACCCCAAAUGUAAACAGAUGAUCACCAAGAGACAGAUCACUCAGAGCACAGACUACAGGCUUAAUCCGGUGCUGAGGAAGGCCUGCAAAGCAGAUAUUCCCAAAUUCUGUCAGAACAUUCUCAACAAGGCCAGCGAUGACAAUGAACUGGAGGGCGAGGUCAUAUCCUGCCUGAAGCUCAAGUACGCCGACCAGCGGCUGUCUACAGACUGUGAGGACCAGAUCCGAGUGAUCCUGCAGGAAUCGGCGCUUGAUUACAGGCUAGACCCUCAGCUUCAGCUUCACUGUAAAGAUGAGAUUACACACUUGUGUGCCGAGGAAGCCGCUGCGCAGGAGCAGACGGGCCAGGUGGAGGAGUGUCUAAAGAAUAACCUGCUGAAACUCAAACAAGAAGCCUGCAAGAAGGAGGUUUUGAACAUGCUCAAAGAAAGCAAAGCAGACAUUUUUGUAGAUCCUGUGCUGCACACAGCCUGUGCCUUGGACCUGAAACACCACUGUGCAGCUAUCACUCCCGGGCGAGGCCGACAGAUGUCCUGUCUGAUGGAAGCUCUGCAGGACAAGAGAGUGAGACUGCAGCCUGAGUGUAAGAAAAGACUUCAAGACCGGAUAGAUAUGUGGAGCUAUGCAGCCAAGGUGGCUCCAGCUGAAGGCUUCUCAGACUUGGCUGUGCAGGUGAUGACCUCGCCCUCAAAGAACUACAUUCUGUUCAUGAUCGCGCUGGCCAUCUGCACCCUGUUCCUGGUGGGGCUGCUCUGCGGCCGCAUCACGAAGCGUGUGACCAGGGAACUGAAGGAUAGGUAGAGCAUGGACCUGGGCUGAUGCAUCUCAGACAUUCUUGGAAAAAAGCCUAGAACUUCUCUCCAUCCAUCCACUGCUGUUCCCCUGGCCCCUCCCAGUGCCCUCCCUUACCAUACCUGACUGUGGAUGCUGUAAGUAAAGUUCUUCUGGUGGGCCAGUGGCGUGUCGGACCCUCAUUCCACCUCAGCUUGCCCCAUGUCCCAGACAAUGUCCCAGAAUCCAAAUAUCAAAGACCUGGACAAGUCCUCAGAUAGGCCUAAGAGCAUUCUGGGACAUUAAUCUUUUGUUUUUUGUUUGUUUUUUUCUCUUGGUUUCUGAUCUUAAUUGGUUUAUCGAUUGCUUGUUCUUGCUGCUGUGCACACAUUUGUCAUUGUAGAUUACUUUUUUACUUUACUUUUCUUUUUUUUUUUUUGAGAAGCACUUUCAUCACUUGUGUAUCGUGUCAUAUUUUUCAUUUGUUUUCAGUCAUGUUUGAAGUAUGAGCUGAAAUGAAAUGAAAUGAAAUGAAAUGAAAUGAGUGCACAUGAGCAGAGAAGCACAGCCGUCCAGCAUCACUCCAUUCUGUUCUGAGUCCAGAGUAAGUAAGUUGUAAUUUGCCCCCUGAUUCAGGAUAUGCGAGGGGUAAAUGUGAACACGGACGCCCAAAUAGGGUUUAAUUCUGUGUAACUGACCACAUAACUGAUUCUUAUCUCUAAUGUUGCUUAAAUGCAGUUUUUGGAGCUUCUUAUGGUUUGGUUCCUGCUGAAAUAUUAUAAUGGACAGUAUAUCAGUGGGAAAUCUUGUCCAUGAUUCCUUGGUCCCACUGCAGAUUGUUUGGAAAUAGCAUGUGCCCUCUAUGUGAUAUGAUCAGUAUGGUGCACAUACUGAAUGGUAAACGUGCACAUAUCCAGUGUUUAAGGCCCUCCAUUCAUAUACAGCCAUCCUGCACAGGUACCGUUCUGUUCAAUUAGAUCAGAUCAUUGGGGUUUAAGACUUGUGGUGGUGAUUUACAGAGAGAUCAUAUUAAUAAUAUGGGUGAAAGGUUGAAUGAAUGAAAAGUGAAUAUCUGUAACAGUCAAAGUAAGUUAUCAUUGACGUUUCUUCAUACUUCAUCCAGAUUAAGACCAAUCGUAAUUGAUUUGACAAACAAAUCUAAUCUAACAAAUUUAAGCAAGAACUACUUCAGUAAACAAGAACAUUUUACUGGUUAUAUGAUCUAUAGAAUGUGUCAUGGAUUAAUUAUACCAUUCAGCAUUUGUUAAAGAUCCAUUUCACUCUAGAUAUCUAAGGAUAUAUAAUCUGUAAAAUCACAAUUUACUAAGAAAUAUUGCAAAUUUUGUGGCUCAAAAACUUGUAUUAUAGUAUUUAGUUCAUCAUUUUGAUUUCUUUGAUAUUUUGGCAGUAUUUACGCUAUGGGUAGAAUUAUGAUUGAAAAAAAGGCCAGAUUCGGAUUCUUGGCACAAUACAGGGGAUACGAUUCAAUAUAUAUUGCAAUACUGUAAGUGGUGAGGCAAUAUAUUUUAAUUGUUUUAAUCAAAUAAAUAAUA